UACACCGCCAAGCACACCAUAUUCGCCCCGACUCUUCAGCCUCUCUUUUAACAGUUCGAAGCUCUACCAUCUCUCAAUGGAUGCCAUGGUUUCUUCCGGGGUUUUAACCAGGAAUAAUACUCCUAUUAUAAGUCAUUUACAACCGAAAAAUCUCCAAACUUUAAAAAGCAUCUCUCGUUUUAACAAUACUAAAAACACCCACCAUUUCUCAAAUGCUUCCUUUCAUCUUUCAACUACUUUUUCCGGCGGAAAUCAUGUUUUCAAGCAGGUAGUUAAUAUUUCUAAAGAUAAUUCUUGUGAGUUCGAAUUGUCAACCCUAACCGCGUUAUCACCUUUGGAUGGUCGUUAUUGGGGUAAAGUGAAGGACUUAGCUCCCUAUAUGAGUGAAUACGGGCUUAUUUACUUCAGGGUUCUUGUUGAGAUUAAAUGGUUGCUGAUGCUUUCACAAAUUCCUGAAGUCAUUGAGGUGCCAAGCUUUAGUGCGGAAGCUCGGUUUUAUUUGCAAGGAAUCAUUGAUGGGUUUAGCAUGGAUGAUGCCUUGGAAGUUAAAAAGAUAGAGAGAGUAACUAACCAUGAUGUAAAAGCAGUUGAAUACUUCUUGAAACAGAAAUGCCAAUCACAGCCAGAAAUUGCCAAGGUCCUUGAAUUUUUCCAUUUUGCUUGCACAUCUGAGGACAUAAACAACCUCGCCCAUGCACUGAUGUUGAAAGAAGCAAUGACCAAAGUCAUGUUUCCAAUAAUGGAUGAAUUGGUCAAGGCUAUAUGUAAGAUUGCUAAGGCUAAUGCAAGCAUUUCUAUGCUUUCUCGCACACAUGGCCAGCCAGCUUCACCUACAACCUUGGGGAAGGAGAUGGCCAUCUUUGCUGUUAGGCUAAGCAGAGAAAUGCAAGAAAUUUCCCGAGUUAAGAUGAUGGGAAAAUUUGCUGGUGCAGUUGGAAAUUACAAUGCCCAUCUUGUUGCAUAUCCUAAUAUUAGCUGGCCUCAAGUUGCAGAAGAGUUUGUGACUUCUCUUGGAUUAAUGUUUAAUCCUUACGUUACUCAGAUUGAGACACAUGAUUAUAUGGCAAACCUUUAUUAUGCGAUUAUCCGGUUUAACAAUAUAUUGAUAGACUUCGACAGAGAUAUAUGGGGCUACAUAUCUUUAGGAUACUUCAAGCAGAUAACUAAGGCCGGUGAGAUUGGCUCAUCAACAAUGCCUCAUAAAGUAAACCCUAUUGAUUUUGAAAACAGCGAAGGUAAUCUCGGUAAGGCUAAUGAAGACCUAACUUAUCUGAGCAUGAAGUUGCCUAUUUCCCGUUGGCAGCGAGAUUUGACUGAUUCGACUGUGUUGAGGAACAUGGGGGGUGGACUUGGUCAUUCCCUUCUUGCUUACAAAAGUUCAUUACAAGGAAUAGGAAAGCUCCAGGUCAACGCAGCUCGGUUAAGUGAAGACUUAAACCAAGCAUGGGAGGUACUUGCAGAGCCGAUUCAGACUGUCAUGCGAAGAUACGGUGUUCCGGAGCCUUAUGAGAAGCUGAAGGAGCUAACCAGGGGAAGGGCAGUUACCAAAGAACGUAUAAGGGAAUUUAUUGAAGGUUUGGAAUUACCAAAAGAAGCUAAGACCCAUCUAAUGAAGUUAACGCCACAUUCGUAUGUCGGCGCAGCUGUUGAGUUGGCCGAGACGGUAGAUUCUGCUGUGAAUAUGAUAAAUGGAUCUGCGGUCUUUGAGACUGAGACUGGUAUAAGUAUUAAAACUGGAGUUAAUUCUUUGAAAUAACAAAUUCAGAGAGGGUACAAGGUAUGGAAAAUUCCCUACAGAUACUGUUUAUUAUGCCAUCUUCAAAUGAUGGAAACAACUGAGCUGAAAUUUUGUAAGC